AUGUAUCGAGCGCUUCCUUUCUUCAUGUGCUUCGUGGUAGCUUCAGGGUUUCUCCCUUCCGCUCCACUUCAAGGAAAGCUACCUCCUUCCCUCCCCUCCAUCGCCCCUACUCGCUCCUUCGUCCUUCCCUCCUGCCCUCGGACAUGCCCCCUGGCUCCACUUGCCUCCCGGGCUCUAGCGAGCGUGAUAAGCAGGAAGCUGCAAGGGAGGGACGGGCCGACAGUGUGGAGCGAGUUCGGAGCGCUGGCGAGUCAGAGGAAGUGCGUGAACUUGGGGCAAGGGUUCCCCGACUGGUCCCCUCCUUCCUUCGUGCGGGACGCAGCAGUGGAGGCGAUCAUGAAGGGGACGAACCAGUACACGAGGACGGCAGGGCACCUCCCGCUCGCCCGCACGCUGGCUGCCCGCUACCGCAUGCACCUGGAGCGCGAAGUGCGGGCAGAGACGGAGGUGGCGGUGACGGUGGGUGCGAGCCAGGCGCUGUACGUGAGUCUGCAGAGCCUGCUGGAGCAGGGAGACGAGGUGCUGCUCAUGGAGCCCUUCUUCGACCUCUACAUGGGUCAGAUCCUCCUCGCAGGAGGCAAGCCCGUGUUCGUCCCCCUGGAGCCGACGGAGGAGGGAGAGUGGAAGAUAGACAUGAAGAAGGUGGAGGAAAAGGUGAGCAAGAAGACAAGGAUCAUCGUCCUCAACUCGCCGCACAACCCGACGGGGAAGGUGUUCUCGCUGGCGGAGAUGGAGGCGCUGGCGGAGAUCGUGAGGAAGCACGAGAGGAUCGUGGUGAUUUCUGAUGAGGUCUACAAGGACACGUUGGGAUCGGCGGGUCACGUUCACUUCGCGCGCCUGCCGGGCAUGUGGGACAGAACCUUGACGAUCUCAAGCGCCGGGAAGACUUUCUCAGUGACAGGCUGGCAGGUUGGCUGGAUCAUCGGACCGAGCAGAUAUCUGCGAGACAUCCAGGUUCUUCUGCCGUUCAUUCAGUUCUGUGCUGCCACCCCCAUGCAAGACGCGCUGGUCCAAGUGCUGAAGCAAGCGGAUCAGCCCUAUGAAGGAGAACGAAAUUAUUACGAUUGGCUGAAGCAGCAGUACACGAUGAAGAAGGAGAAGCUCGAGGCAGCUUUGAGAGCAGCCAACAUCAUCCCAAUGAAGGGUCAAGGAGGAUUCUUUCUUAUCGGUGACACUAGAAACGUCAAAGUGCCGCAGACCAUGACAAGAGACUGGGCUCUCUGCCGUUGGCUCGCCAAGGAGCAUGGCAUCAUCUCCAUCCCCUGCUCCCCCUUCUACUCCCCGGAGAACCGCCACCUUGCUUCCAACUUCGUGCGUUUCGCCUUCUGCAAGACCGACGAGACGCUCCAGGAGGCGCUGGAGGCCUUCCGGGUGAUCGGACAAGCAGAGCAGAGCAAGUGA